AUGGAAGCCCACAUCAAACGGCCAGUGCCAGCACGCAGCUCCUCUCACCGGAGUUUCAGCACACCACAAUCCCCACGAGAGCCAGCCGCUGCCGCACCACCGCCCUCAACGCCGCACCACGCCUCGCUCUCAGCCCUCCCGCAGCAGCUGUCUCCACGAUCGCUGCCGCCGCGUCCCCCACUCGCCCUCUCCCCGGCGGACAGUGCGUCUCGGCACCGUGACCGACAUCUCCAGCACCACCAACAACAACACACGCCGCCCGCCCAGCGCGCCCCGAGCACCCCCAGCUCACCCUUGGUCUCCGGCACGCCCUCCUCAGCCCGCGCUCGCCGCUCCAGCACCUCGUCGUCACCGCGCCCGACUCCCAGCAGCGUCUCGUCGUCCGGCUCCUACUUCGGUCCGCACGCCCCCUCGAGCGCCGACGCCCGAUCUCCCGCGCCCCGGAAGCCGCCCGCCUCGCACAGCAGCCAUGGUAUUGAGACCUCGUACGGUCCGCCAAUUGCCCUGAUAACGCGACGACGAUCCACCACAUCCGACGUUGCGCGUCGCUCUCGCAGCCCUGCCGACGCCGCCCUCCUAGAGCCCCAAUCCGCGCCCUUUUCGACCACCGAGCCUGCGCCGGCCGCCAGCCAUCGCCAUACGCGCACCAGCAGCGACACCACCGUCACAACACCCACACACCGCAGGCAAGCAUCCGGCAGGAUCAGGAGCGUCCCCAGCUCGCGCCCCGAUCCGCAGACGCCCGCGCGCAGGAGUUACUCGCCGAGCCGCCGGAGUGCAAUGGCUAACAACAGCUUCUCCGACGGCCAAUCCGACUACGACUUUGCCUACUCGCACCGCAGCAGGCCUGACGACCGCAGCGGAGACUACGUGCACAACGCACAGGGUUCGAGUAGCGAAGACCUAUUUCUAAAUAUUGCGCAAGACGGCCCCCGCAACCAGGACGGGGAUGACGAUACAGUUAGACUUGAACGAAGACGGUCGAGAAUCGCUCGUAUGAACAGGCAAUCUCUCCCAUCGAAUUCGCUGAAUUCGUCUGCUACUCGCCCUAGCAUCGACACCAAUAUCAAACCCGCCCCUUCGGCCAUCCAGACGCGCAUUUCCCACAUCAGGCGCUCUUCCCAACUGCCCUCGCCGUCCUACAACUCACCAUUGUCGGCACGCGAGCCUCCCACGUCGGUGACGGCGUCGUUUCCAGUCGACAGUUCCCGGAUCCGAACUUUUGGCAUGAGCUCGUCGGGUUCCUUUGGAUUCUCGCGAUCACGAGACCAAGACGAAUCUCCCCAGAAUAGGAGAUCGUCAAUUCCGGACCCUGCUCGCGCCGCGGCCGCGACGCGUGACGCGACGGCGCGUGAGAGUAGAUACCGGUCAAGCAAUCUUACGUAUUCUUCUCGCUACAAUCAACCCACCAGUCAACCCACCACUCCGCUGGAGAAUUCGCCUGAGAUCCUCUCGAAACCCGAGCAGCAGUCACGUAACAGCGACGGCCACGACGGGUCUGAAUCACUCGACUCCACCACUGCCACCUCCACUGUCUGGGACGAAUUGGAUGAACUCAAGUCUCGCAUCAAGAAACUCGAGCUCACCGGCAAGAUGCCUCCGACAUCGGGCGCGGCCGUUACGAGCUAUACCGCCUCUGAGCGGCCGCGAACUGCCACUACUCAAGCAACGUCUGUCACCGCUUCGCCCAAGCAGGUGAAGAGGUCCAGUGUUUCACCGCCAGAAACGACGGUGUCCGGUGCAGUCACGGGUGCCGCUGGUUCCAGCCACCCUCUACUCCAUUCUGCGCUCGCAAAGUGCCAGAACACAAUGAGCCCUGCAAUGUAUCGCAUUUUGGAGGCGACUGCCACAGAUGCGCUUGAGCUGGCCGCUAUGACCAACGGAGCUAACACGAGCUCCGCUACCUCAAACAGUGGAGUCCAGACGAGCGAGCGCCAGCUCCGGAGGAAGGCGGACAACAUGUGCCGCAGCUUAACCGAACUGUGCAUCGCUCUUUGCGACAACAACAAUCAGAACACAGCUCUCAAAUCGCCUAACUUUGGGCCUCCCAGCCGGAGACAAAGUGUGCAGAUAAACGGAGAGCGUGACAGAGAGCGCGACCGCGACCGCGACCGCGACCGCGACCGGGAUCGCGAACAACUUCCGCCCCGGGGUGGAAGCACGGAACCAGACGGCGAUAUGAGGAACAGCCCAAGCCGCGCUCUCAACCGCAUUGAAGCCCGUCGGACUGGCAUGCUCCUGUCAGGCAGCGCUAGCAACAGUCCGCGUGAUGGGCCGGAACGAGACAGGACCACCCCUACGCAGGGCGGCAGGUACCAGCAAUCCUCGAGGACCGGCACUUCCCUCCUCAGCAGCAGGCCCCGCCGCGCAACGGUCACAAACGAUGACCAGCCGGAGAUGGAGGAAGACACCCAGACUCUCCGGGUGCCCUCCCGGGCCAUGACUGAUUACUCUUCUCAGAACCGUCAAAGCCACAGCAGUCGCAGCAACAGGCUGUCAAGAGAGUACACCUCGGCCGUGCCACUCCCGGAUGGCGCCGCCUCACUCGCACUGCAGCACGCUACCUCGAUCAGGCGCCCCAACGGCGCUGUUCCAACCCUUGAUAGCCCGACCUCGCACGGUCCUUCUUCCGCCUUCCUUCGCGAUCGCAGAUUUGAGCGGUCCUCGACCGUCGAAAGCCCGCGUGCCAGUGAUUUCGGCAGCGAGGAGCGGCGCCAGAGAUUGAGCUUCUACUCGAACUCUACUCCCCGGACGUCCACCAACGCGGUGCCAAACGGCAUCGGCCGCACCGCGAGCCUGUCCCGACGACUCAGGCAGGAAACCUAA